AUGGAAAAACCAGCGCAUCCCCCAGCUGCCCCUGAUCUGGAGGCCAGCCCCUCUCCGGAGCGACAACCCAAGACCGAGUCGAGCAUCGCGCGCCGCUGGAAGGAGAACCUCACUCCCUCUUAUGCCGACCUGGUGUGUCUGCUGCUCUGUUUCCUGACAGGGCUGUGCGAUAGCAGCGCCUACAAUGCGUGGUCCUGCUUCCUCGGAAUGCAAACCGGAAACACCAUCUUUCUCGGCCUGGGCGCAUCCAACCAGCCGGCCAACAAGCCCUGGGGCUGGCUGAAGUCGCUGGUCUCGAUCGCAUCCUUCUUUGUGGGGGCGCUGAUCUUCUCGAAUGCGAUGCGACGCGCCGGCGCCCUCCGUCGCUGCACGCUCUUCCUCUCGUUCCUCGCCCAGACCAUUCUGAUCAUCAUCGCCGUCGCGCUGAUCGAGGCCGACUUGAUCCCGCAUACCCCGGCCGACAUGUCGCUGUCGGGCGGGCCGCUCUUCCUCGAACUCAUCCCCAUCGCCUUGGUGGCCUUCCAGUCGGCCGGCGGCAUGACCUGCAGCCGAUCCCUGGGCUACAAUGAGAUCCCGACCGUUGUCCUCACCAGCGUCUACUUUGAUAUUGCCUCGGACCCGAAGCUGCUGCAGAAGCCGACUGCCAAUGUCAAGCGCAACCGUCGCGUCGGCAGUGUCGUCUCAUUGCUAAUUGGCGCUAUUGUUGGCGGCUGGCUGAGCCGGAGCUCUGGCGGUAUGCAGUCUGCGCUGUGGAUGGCUGCGGGUAUGAAGUUUGUCGCGGCCUUUGGCUGGUUGUUCUGGAAAGCUGCGGCGCCCAAAUAA